AUGGCGCUUCUCUCCAAGAACAAAUUAGGGUUCGUGGAUGGAACCAUUGUAGUACCGGACGCCGGGGAUGUUAAAUUUCCAUAUUGGAGGAGAUGCAACAACAUGGUUGCCACCUGGAUAACGCGUUCGUUAUCAUCUGAGAUCGCUCAGACUGUUCUCUGGGUAGGUUCGGCCGAGAAAAUUUGGAGAACCUUGAAAUCACGUUUCAGUGAAGCCGAUAUCUUCCGCGUCUCAGAUUUACAUGCUGAAGUUCACCAGACUCGACAAGGAGACCUCAGCGUAGGUGCGUAUUUCGCCAAAUUGAAGUCCCUAUGGGAUGAGCUGCAAGUCAUAAGGCCCCUUCCAACUUGCAAUUGUGCACGAAGGUGCAACUGUGGUUUGCUAGACAAAAUUCAAUACCAUUCGGAUAGUGAAAAUUUAUCCGUAUUUCUGAGAGGAUUGAGUGAUGGCUAUGCCUCAGUCCAGUCGCAAAUCAUGAUGAUGAAGCCGCUACCCUCUGUUGACGAUGCUUUCCUGAUGGUGCAACAACAGGAGAGAAGGUUUAAUAGUGGUAUGAGUUUCUGCCCUCAAUCAGCAGACAACUUAAAUACAGGGAGUGUUUUGCUUGCUCAAGCCUCUGGGGGAGCCAAGAAUUCUACCCCAAUGGGAAUAAGAAACCAGUGUGUACCUAUUGUGGUUUCAAUGGACACAUAUCCAAAAAAUGCUAUAAGAAGCACGGGUAUCCUCCCGGAUGGAAGCCAAGAAACCGGAAUACAGGGGCAGUUAAUCAAGUGCAGGUUACUGGUCAAGCUACUUUAG